AUGAUAUGUCUUUCAGAAAGGCAAUUAUAGAAAAUCACUAUUCAUGAAAAUAAACCAUUCAUUUAACUCCCUUUAAUAUCCAAAUCUAAUGAAACGCUUGUAUUCAUUCUUUAAAUUUAAAUUUAAGAGAUAAAACAAUUUAGCAUUGUUAUCUGAAAGAAAUAAAAAAUAACCUAUAAUUCAAUCUCCAGAAAAAGAUGCAUAUUAUCUCAAAUUACCUAAAAUACAUCAAAAGACUCCAGAAAAAACAGACAAUCAUUCCAAAUUAACAUUAUCUCAGGUAUAAACAUUAAAAAUGUACAUUAUUAACUUAUUUUGAGCAUUCAACAUGAUCAAUCAUUAGAUAAUUUAAAAAAAUAUAAUAAAUAAUUAAAAGAUAUUCAACAAAGACAUAAUCGAUUUCUUAACAAAAUUGAAGAGUUAUAUAUGAUUACCAAAUAACAAUACUGA